AUGUCUACACUAUCUAUCUAUCUAUCUAUCUAUCUAUCUAUCUAUCUAUCUAUCUCAGUCUGUUCAUAUCAUUCAUCUAUCUAUCUAUCUAUCUAUCUAUCUAUCUAUCCUAGUCUGUUCUCAUGUUCCUCUCAAUCUUUUCUCUCUCUCUCUCUCUCUCUAUCUAUCUAUCUCAGUCUGUUCAUAUCUAUCUAUCUAUCUAUCUAUCUAUCUAUCUAUCUAUCUAUCCCAGUCUGUUCUCAGGUUCCUCUCAAUCUUUCUCUCUCUCUCUCUCUCUCUCUCUCUAUCUAUCUAUCUAUCUCAGUCUGUUCAUAUCUAUCUAUCUAUCUAUCUAUCUAUCUAUCUAUCCCAGUCUGUUCUCAUGUUCCUCUCAAUCUUUCUCUCUCUCUCUCUCUCUCUAUCUAUCUAUCUAUUUCAGUCUGUUCAUAUCUAUCUAUCUAUCUAUCUAUCUAUCUAUCUAUCUAUCCCAGUCUGUUCUCAUGUUCCUCUCCAAUCUUUCUCUCUCUCUCUCUCUCUAUCUAUCUAUCUAUUUCAGUCUGUUCAUAUUCAUCUAUCUAUCUAUCUAUCUAUCUAUCUAUCUAUCUCAGUCUGAUCAUAUCUAUCUAUCUAUCUAUCUAUCUAUCUAUCUAUCUAUCUAUCUAUCUAUCUAUCUAUCCCAGUCUGUUCUCAUGUUCCUCUCUCUCUCUUCUCUCUCUCUCUCUCUCUCUCUCUCUCUAUCUAUCUAUCUAUCUAUCUAUCUAUUUCAGUCUGUUCAUAUCUAUCUAUCUAUCUAUCUAUCUCAGUCUGUUCUCAUAUUCCUAUCUAUCUAUCUAUCUAUCUAUCUAUCUAUCUAUCUAUCUAUCUAGCUAG